AUGGUCGUUCCGUCUUAUGAGGUGAGAGUGCCAGCACUUUGGGGAGCCGCUCCUCGGAUAAUGCCCCUAGCUCCUGGAAGCACCAGGAGUUGUAGUUCGUCAUGCAGCUCUUGCUCCGACCUGCCGGUGGCACCGGUUGCCGCUCCGAAGGUCAGGUCCUUCCAGGCACUGCGCGAAGCAGUGCCACGCCCUGGCACUCUGCACACGGUGGAUUUGUCCAAGGUGGAAGAGGAAGCGACGCUUGCUGCCAUGACAGUACCAGCUCAAAGUAGCAACCUCAAAGCGAAGAAAAGCUCAGUGAUUUUCAGCACAGUGAAAAGGGAAGAGCAGAAGAAUCCAAUGCGAACUUCUGCUGACAUGGAGGAACUGCAGCGUGAAAAUGAUCGACUCAUGCGGUCACUUCAAGAGCGUACAGCUCAAGAGAAGGAACUCGAGAGGAAUGCACGCAUGCAGAGCAUCAUUUUCCAGCGGCGAGAGCAGGAUCUCCGGCUGGCUUGUGAGUCAGCAGCUUGCAGGCCAAGCGUAAGUGAAGCUCCUGAAGUAUCGGAGGUGUCAAAAGGAACACCUGGCCAGCGAGAGCAAUUGCAAAUCAUCUAUAUACAAGCGGGCCAAUUGUCCAUACCGAGAGCUAUGCAUUUGAAGCUUCCAAUUCGUGCCGCCAAGGCUUCGGUGGGACAGCAGUCUGCAAACUGCGAAGCUGCGGUUUUUCCAGAGGCAUCAAGUUCUGCAAGAUCGAGCAGAAGUUCAGUAUCGCAACCGAAUUUGUUGCACGGUGUGGAGGCAGAGGACGGAGCUGAUGUCAUCAGUUGGAUAACUCCAUGCCUUGCCGAAGAGGAGUGUCCAAGAUCCCGUUCACAUUCAGCAGGCUCUCACUCAGAUUUGUCCACACCGAGCAGAAGUGCUGAGAGCACUUCAUCCCAGGCAGCAGGAUCUACCCAAAGAUGGAUAAUCAGUUUAUCAAAGGUUGAAGUUGAAGCCGUAGUGAAGGAGGCUGCGAAUCAUCAGCAGCCUGCAGAGGAAGAGGAUUGUGAAUCCUCAUGCUUGCCAGAGGAAACUCCGGCUCUUUCUUCAGAGCUACUAGCAGAAAUGUAUCAGCAGGAGGCAGCCUACGAUGCGUCUCCACCUGUGGAGGAAACUCCGGCUCUUUCUUCAGAGCUACUAGCAGAAAUGUAUCAGCAGGAGGCAGCCUACGAUGCGUCUCCACCUGUGGAGGAAGAGGAUUGUGAAUCCUCACGCUUGCCAGAGGAAACUCCAGCUCUUUCUUCAGAGCUACUAGAAGAAAUGUGUCAGCAGGAGGCAGCCUACGACGCGUCUACACCUGUGGAGGAAGCUGCAGCUGCUUCAGAGUUGCCAGCAGAAAUUCCGCAGGCUGACAGAGAGUUGCUGCCCGAUGUGGAUGGUCAGGCUUCCGACUCUGAUUCUGACGAGGAUUCAGGCUCAGACACAUCGGAUUCGUCCGAUUCAUCUGGGAGUUCCACAUCAUCCUCGUCUGGGCCAACAGACUCUGAGGAGGAGUCAGAGUCGUCCCCAGAGAACGGCGACUCGUUGGACAAGGCCCAAAAUGAAGCCGGCAAUGCGGAAGGUUUUGCCCCAACUAACGCGCUGGAUGCUGCGCGGGAUACCAGCCCAUCCAGCCCCAUUUUUCAGGAGCGCGAAGUGGAGGAGGUCCCCGAGCUUUCUGCUACAACUGUUUGGCGAAACAAGAUUCUUGGGCGAUUAGAAGCUCCCCAGCGCAUGGCCAGACAGAAAGGUCUGGAGAACUUGACGAUGCCCAGGCACCAAGUUCCAGCACCGUGUAUGAGUCCUCCGCAUCCGUUACCCAAAAGGACUGUGGAGCUCUCUGGCACAGAUGCGCUUGUUUCUCUUCGUUUGAGUGCAAAAGAACUUGCAAAAGAGAAGCUCAAGAUGUUGCAACAGCAUCGUGCAGAAGCCAAGGGCACUGGCGUAUCCCUCCCGCAGCUGGGAGCCAAACUGGCCCCGGAGAGCCUUUGGGAAGUGUCGCAAGUGCCACAGGCUGCUCACUUUACUAAGCUUGGAAAAGCAAGGAUGUCGAAACAGGCAGCGCAGAGCAAAGGAAACAAGAACAACCCCUUCAAGGCUUCUAUGACGCAGUCCCAGAGUUUGCCAUCCAUCUCUGCACCGUCACAAUUCGGCAUCACCGCGGGUGUUCAGAAGAAGGUUCUCCAGGCACCCAUUCCUUCUGAGCGGCCCAUGGACAUGCGAACCUGA